CGUUCGCGAAUGGUCGUUAACUGCGCGCGGACCAUGCGCCAGCCGCGGUUUCUGGUUUUUUUGGAAGUGGCCAUUUGUCCUGCUCCUCCUAGUUUGUCCGGAGCUUAAGAACAGACGAACGAACGGGACCGGAGUGGCAGAGCUUGGGUUUGCUUGUGCUCUUUCGUAAAAACCAGCUGUGUUCAGAUUGACGGGAAUCGCAGGGAAUUGCUGGCACCAUAUGCAGCCAGAAAUGAGACAGCUGAAUCCACAUGGUCUUCCUUGUAGCACCGCUACACCGCAGCAGAACUGAGCAUGCGCAUUAACGAGCAGAAGUUCACAGAUUCUGCAUGCCACACAGUCUGGUAGUCAGUCAUGGCAGAAGCGGAGGGCGGUCACCAAGUUGAUGUGAAUGAAGACGUCCAGGAGAUGCGACCGAAGAAGUCGAAAAAAAAGAAAGAUGCGUCAUACCCCCUGAAAGUCUUGUACUGUGGAGUGUGUACAAUGCCUGUGGAAUACUGCGAGUUCAAUCCCGCCUACAAGGACUGCAAGAAGUGGCUAGCUGACCACUGCCCUGACCUCUUUGAGAGGCUGACCCUGCAAGAUGAGGAGGAAGGGGGAGAGGACAAGAAGAAAAAGCAGAAGAGAGGAGGAAGAGGUGUCAUGAAAGUGAAGAAAAAGAUUGAACCGCAGACAGUCACAAUUUCCAGGAUGCAACGGCAGAAGAAAAAGUUUGUCACCGUAGUAAGGGGCCUUGGUUCACAUGACAUAGACGUACGGGAUGCGGCCAAGGCAUUUGCAUCCCGCUUCUCUUGUGGGGCAUCUGUCUCGGGGGAAGACGAGAUUGUAAUUCAGGGGGACGUUACCGAUGAUCUACUGAGCUUCAUCCCAGAAAAAUUCCGUAUUGACGAGGAAAAUAUAGAAGACCUAGGAGACAUGAAGAAAUGAAAAAAAACCAACUCCACUUAAAUCGCUUCUAAUCAAAUACAAAUUGAACCAGUUGAUAAAUUUCAAUGGGCCAGAGCUUAAGUAUUAUACAUGUAGUCAAGGCUUUCUGGAAACCAUGAGGCCCCUCUAAGGCUCUUACCCACCUAGUGCUCAAAUUCUAGGGCACGAUUACGCAUAUCAAAUGGUAAUGAGCCAGACAGUUUCAAAUAUGUCAAAGGUCAUUGGGAUACAUGAACAAGAUGCUCCAACUUUCACAGGAAAAGAUCCUGAGGAGGUUUGGGUGACUGGCAGGCACAAAAAAGGAGUAAAUAAAUAAGAUAAGAAUUAGCAUAGUAACAAUAAACAAUAACAUCCCGUAAGGGUUAUUAUUCGUACAUCAGUAACGAGAUAAUGCAUUACCCAUCUGUCUGCUCAUCUGCAACGGUGACCAUAAUAAUAAUCGGAGGAGCCUGAAAUCCCCCCCCCCCAAGAAAUUCCUGGAUCGGCCGCUUUUAUUGAAAAACUUCAGCAAGAUUGGAACUAGUUGUCCAAGUCCAAGCCUUUGGCAUGCACCCUUUUUACCCACAUUUGGACAAAUUAACAAGGCCGCUGGCUCUCAUGAAUAGCCACAGGCAAGUUUUAUCAAGGAUCACUAGUUAACUAGUGGUUGGUUUGUGUCGUACCUAGCACAUAUGUAGUGCAGUUGAUGUGUGAAUGACCCCAGUCAAUCGUUAUUAGGUCAUUAGGCCAAAGGGGAGAACAGGUGGCCACAGGAAGGGCAAAAUAGCGAAAAUACAAAUAAAAAUGGUCGUUUACAAGUGACACACAGUUUCUAUUAAGCUGGUCCUCUCUGCACUGUGCCAAUAGAAAUGGUUUAUGGUAAUAUAUGAUGCAGCCAACCUCAAUAGGCUAGUCUCGAAUAGUCCUACCAUCAACUAGCGCGCAUUUGUUCAAAGUUGGUCUAGCUAUGGUUAGCUAUGGUCCUUAUGAUAACACUUGCCCCACAAUGUGAUUCAGUUAACGCAGUAUCAACACAGUCACUGCAUUUCGACCAGAGAUUGUCUGGGCAUAUUUCCACUGGUAAAUCUUUUAUUUGAAAUCAUUAACUAUAUCCAUUGAAGUGAUUUAAAAGCUAUAGCAGUUCCUGGUCGAGUAACAUGUUGCUGUCUUGCAUCUUUUUGAUCUGUGACAAAUUGGCACUUUGGCAUCUAGCUCAAAGUGAUCAUUUCUGGAUAGAAGGUGAUAUCUGUGUUCAGGAUGGAGCAUUUACUUGUACAUAACUAUUUCACCAUUUUCUUGCAGUUAUCCACUCAUUUGUUUAAAAAAUCACUGGACAGUUUAUUUGCCAACCCGGCCCUGCUGCAAGUCAAAAGCUGAAAGAAGAAUUCAGUGUUAAAAAUCUUAUGAAAAUAUUAAAACUCCUUAUAGGAAAUACUUGUGUUGAGUGCAAAA